UAUUCUACUUCCUUUCUUCCCCCUAAAAAUGGAGUUGAUAGAGCUAUUCAUCUUUGGUUUGGCAAUUAUCUUCAUCCGUCUAUGGUGGAAGCACUCGUCCGUCAUCGGAGGCCGACCAAAGAACCUCCCUCCAGGGCCACCAGGCUGGCCUUUUGUCGGAAACCUAAUCCAAGUCAUCCUCCAACGUCGACACUUCAUCUUUAUAAUACGUGAGUUGCGUAAACUGUACGGUCCGAUUUUCACCAUGCAAAUGGGGCAACGUACGAUGGUGAUCGUUACGGAUUCCAAGCUCAUCCAUGAAGCCCUAGUACAAAGAGGCCCAGCCUUCGCUUCUAGACCGGCCGACUCGCCGAUCCGGCUCGUGUUCAGCGUCGGGAAAUGCGCGAUCAACUCGGCCGAGUACGGACCGCUCUGGAGAACCCUAAGGAAGAACUUCGUGACGGAGCUGAUAACGCCGACAAGAGUGAAGCAGUGUAGUUGGAUCCGCAAAUGGGCGAUUGAAAACCAUAUGAAGAGGAUCAAAAGAGAAUCGUUUGAAAACGGAUUUUUGGAGCUGAUGAGCAACUGCAGGUUAACUAUAUGUAGCAUCUUAAUCUGUUUAUGUUUCGGUGCAAAGAUCUCCGAAGAACGGAUCAAGAAAAUCGAAAGCAUACUUAAAGACGUAAUGCUGAUAACAUCGCCGCAGCUACCGGAUUUCUUGCCGAUGCUCACACCGUUGUUCCGCCGGCAAAUGAAAGAAGCUAAAGCUCUAAGGAAGAGGCAACUGGAGUGCUUUGUUCCAUUGAUAAAAAACAGGAGAGCUUUUGUGGAGAAAGGUGAAAACCCUAACCAAGAAAUGGUGAGUCCAGUAGGUGCAGCCUAUAUAGACUCUCUCUUUGGACUCAAACCGGAGACCCGAGGUCCGUUAGGGGAAGAAGAGUACGUGACACUAUGCUCCGAGGUGAUCAGUGCUGGUACCGAUACUAGCGCGACAACCGUCGAAUGGACUAUGCUUCACUUGGUGAUGAACCAAGAAAUCCAAAAUAAGUUGUACCAAGAAAUCGUUGGUGUUGUAGGCAAAAAUGGGGAUAUUAAAGACGAAGACGUGGAGAAAAUGCCUUAUCUUGAAGCUGUAGUUAAAGAAACUUUCCGGCGACACCCUCCGGGUCAUUUCCUUCUGUCUCAUGCAGCUAUAAAGGACACCGAGCUCGGUGGCUACACGAUUCCGGCUGGCGCUUACGUCGAGUUUUACACUGCAUGGAUCACCGAGAAUCCCGAUAUUUGGUCGAAUCCGAACGAGUUCCGGCCCGAGAGGUUCUUGCAGGGUGACGGGGUCGAUGUGGACGUUACCGGUACUCGAGCGGUGAAGAUGCUGCCAUUCGGAGCGGGGAGACGGAUUUGUCCGGCUUGGAACCUAGGCGUUUUGCACAUAAAAUUGUUGACUGCAAAGAUGAUUCAAGCUUUCAAGUGGCUGCCGGUUCCGGAUUGUCCGCCCGAUCCCGCCGAGACUUAUGCUUUCACUGUUGUGAUGAAGAACCCUCUCAAGGCAGUCAUCUUGCCCAGGUACUAAGAGUAUGAACAAAACAAAAAUGUUGGAAGCUUAGAUGUAAUACUAUAUAAUAUGUUCUAUGUUCUAUGUUCUAUGUUCAUGUCUGUUUAGUCUAUGUAUUUCAAUCAUUUAAUUUGAAAGUCAUUUUCAAA